AUGCCUGGACCUACGCUAUCGAGUGGUCUCAAUCUGAUACACAAACAAUUGACCUACCAUCCUCCGCAACCCACCUCAAGCUUCGAAGGACAGACAGUCAUUGUGACCGGUGGCAACGCAGGACUAGGACGCGAAGCCUCGAGACAUAUGGCUCAACUGAAUGCUCAACGACUGAUCAUUGCGUGUCGGACUGUGUCCAAAGGAGAAGAGGCCAAGAAAUGGAUUUUGGAGCAGACCAGUUCAAGAACGAAUAUUGAGGUCUGGCAGCUCAAUAUGUCUGAUUAUGGCUCUGUCAAGGCCUUUGCCCAGAGAGCCAAGGGUCUGGAGCGACUUGAUGCAGUUUUGGAGAAUGCUGGUAGCUGGCCGACCAGGUUCGAGAUGCUGGAGGGGCAUGAGGCCACCAUCACUGUCAAUGUCAUAUCGACGUGUCUGCUGGCAUACCUCCUGCUGCCGAAGCUAGAAGAGACUGGUCGGAAGCACGGUAUCACAACACGACUAUCCAUUGUCUCAUCCGACUUACAUAAAUUCGCAACUCUCAAGGCACGCGCAGCCAAGAACAUAUUCGAGGAGCUCAAGGUCGAGGCGACGGAUUAUGACGGACGGUAUAAUGACACCAAGCUACUUGUCGUCAUGUUCAUCCGUAAGUUGGCAGCUGCAAUAUCGAAGCAGCAUGCUGGCAACGAUCAGGUUUCGCUCAAUGCCAUGUCGCCUGGAUGGUGCGAUUCAGCUCUCAAACCUCCCAAGACAUUUGGUGAACGUACGGCGCAGCGGCUGUUGCAACGAUCUACGGACGAAGGAGCUCGCUUGCUGGUCGAUGCUGUCGCGGCGGACAAAGUGGCUGGUCGCAAUGGUCAGUACAUCAGUGAAGGUCAGGUCCGACAAGCUGCAGCCUGGCUGUAUUGUCGGGAAGGCCAGACAACGGAGGACAAAGUCUGGACCGAGCUCAAUGCUAUUCUCGAGUCGAUCGAGCCUGGUUGCACACAUUGGGCAGAGGGAGAAGAGCGCAAGUGGUAG